AGAGCGUACAUGUUGUUUUGGGAGUAUUUUCUUCAAAAGAUGAUUUUUCACUUUUCCACCCUCAACUGGGACCCCAAAGUGGCCAUCAAAAGUGGCGAAAAGUGCGCUGCAACCCGAACGGGUUGAUGCAAGUGAUUUCGGUGGCGAAAGUGUGUGGAAAAUUUGAUUUUCGGACAAGGAAAAUUCGGGACUGGAAAAGUUUUUUUUUAAUCACAUACAGUCGCAUAGGACGACACGUUGAUGAAGUGCAUGGGGGAAAUGUGUGAAGGGCUAAUGUGAAGAAAAAAAAAAGCAAAUGUUGUUCGACAGCAGCACACGAGAAGCAUAUUGUUGGGGUGUCUUUUCACUUGAUAGUUCCUUUUGUGUGUAUUAUUUUAAUUUGGGGUUUUCCCAUGUUGCGACGCGUGAAUGUUUGAGAAGUUGCAGAAGAAAAAUCUAAUAUCCAGUACAAGCACGACUAGAGGAAGGAUUCACCGCCCCAAAACUGCCACCCAACCGUUUGCUGGAUUUUGCCUGAGCCGCUCUCUCUCUACUGGUGUGGCCCCUCCUCAUCGAAAUCCCAUUUUGCUCAGUGUUUGAUGUGUGACUACUUUCCGGGCGUUUCUAUCGAUCAGCUUUUCCCAAUUUCAUCACACUGCUAUUAGAAAAGAUCAAUUCAAGUGGAAACGAAAUGUGAUCAGCGGAAGAACAAAAUCGGAAUAAAUCUGUGAAUUUUUUGUUUCCCUUUCACGCCCACACGAUCUACUACUGAGUGAUGAAAAUAAGAAGCCUGCAAAAAUCGUGUAUCCUACAUAUCUCAAGUGAAAACAAAUCAUAGAAGAGAGAAAAAUCAGUAGGAAAAUUCGUUCAUUUGAUAACCAUUAAAAUCUCGUGAUCAAAAAAGAAGAAUAAAAACAACACAUCCAAGGGAAACCUGAAGCAGUGCAGAACAUCGACGACAGCGGAAAAUAUGGAUCAAUGUUCAAGCUUUCUGGUGUCUGCGCUAUUCAGCACAAUAAUUCUCAGUGGUUUAUAUAAUCCAGUUGAAGCCCAACUGCGACCGCGGAUAUUGGAACACCCGGCAGAUGCUGUGGCGGCCAAAGAGGAGCCACUGACACUUAACUGCAAGGCAGCCGGUCGACCGCCACCGGAAAUCACCUGGUACCACAAUGGAUCCCCUCUUGGACCGUCCGAUCGGCGGGUGAUCCUACCCGAGGGAUCGCUAUUCUUCCUGAAAGUGAUGCAGAACAAACGUGAGCAGGACGCCGGGGUGUAUCACUGCGAGGCGCAGAAUUCGGCCGGCGUAGCAUCCAGUCGGAAUGCGACGCUACAGAUUGCCAUGUUGAAGGAUGAUUUCCGGGCGAUGCCAAAGGACACCGUUGCGCUAGUUGGUGGUCCUGUGAUUCUAAAUUGUACACCGCCACGCGGUAUUCCGGAACCAUCGGUGCUGUGGAUAAAGGAUGGUAAACUGUUGGAUAUCAGCGGAAAGCGGUUAUCCAUGGUGGAUUCCGGAAGUUUGAUGAUAUCGGAGAUACAACCGAACGAUACGGGAAAGUAUGAAUGUUCGGCACAAAGCAUGGCCGGAACGAAGACUACGCCACCGGCGUAUUUGAAGGUGCUAGCACCGCCGACAAUAGUGAAGAGUCCCCACGACACGGAGGUGUUGGAAGGGGAAGGAUUUGAUCUUCCAUGUGAGUUGGCCGGGGAUCCAAAGCCGGUGGUGACUUGGCGCAAGGAAAGCGGUCGUUUACCCGAGGGAAGAUCGCGUAAAUUGUUAGACAAUACAUUGCGGAUAGAGGAUGCUCGUCAGGAUGACGAGGGAAAGUAUAUAUGUGAGGGACACAAUGAGGGUGGGAACGUGACUAUUUCCGUCUAUUUAUACGUGUACGAGGCACCGACCUUUAUGGAAGCACCCGUAGACGUUGUUAUCAGAGAAGGGGAGGGAAUUACACUUCCAUGUCGGGCCAAGGGUCGACCAACGGUGCGAGUAUUCUGGGAUCGAAUCGAUAAACUACAUGUGAAUAAUAGUGGAAGCAAGCCAACAAUUCAAAUUACGACUACUCCGAAACCAGCGGAGAAAUCUAAACGAAGUGUUCUGUUGGGAACGACGGAGAACCACGUGCGAUCAUUCGCUCCAGAAUCAAUCGGAAAUUGGUCAAUUAAAAUACAACCGGUUUCGGAGAAGCAACUUUUUCAGCUACCGCACGCUUCUCGUAUUCAAUUGGUUAGAAACAAGCGGGAAUCUGUCGAAACAAGCGUAGAACUGGAAGCGAUUACCAGCACAAUUCCUUCCUUAUUGAGCAACAGUAUUGUCCAGUUCGAGGACAACGGUGGACUAACGCUGAAAGCUAUCAGCAAAGCAGAUGAAGGCUGGUAUGCUUGCGCUGCUAUCAACGAAGCUGGUAGCAUUGUGAAGAAAAUCUUCAUUAAAGUGCUCGAUAAGGACGAAUCACUGGAGGCUCGUAAGGAACAAAUUCAUACAUACGAUCAAAGCCGGUGGGUCAGUGAACAGUUCAUCGUGCUGAACAACGUGUUUACUAUCUCCGCUAGCUCCAUUGGAAUCUCGUGGGAUGUGACGGACAGUGCGACCAAGAUGCCGCUAAGAAUGUACUAUCGAAUCGCUAGCGAACCGAUGAUCAACUUCCUGUACAACUCCACCUUCGAGAGUCAAAUCACGACAAGCAACUUGAAGGAAUACACACUGAACGAUCUGCGCCCCUUCACGGAGUACGAAAUUUUCGCCAGCAUCCCCGAGGGACUAUCCGGAUCGGUUUCGAAUAUCCGUCGGGGAAAGACACUGGAUGGGGCUCCUUCCGCGGCACCCACCGACGUACGAGUUGGAGUGAUCAACACGACAGCUGCAUUCGUACGGUGGUCUCCGCCGCCAAUUCAUUUGCUCAACGGGGAGCUGACGGGGUACAAGAUUCAAAUUAAGUCGAACGCCACAAAUAAGGUACUAGGACAAAUGGUUUUAAACUCAACUACACAAUCGGUGGUAAUAAAUAGUUUGACACCGGGAGCGAUGUACGUGGCGAAGGUGGCUAGCUUGACUGCCGGUGGAAUAGGUCCUUACAGUGCACCAACGCCCCUUCACAUGGAUCCACAGAAUAUUGUCAGGACGGACCCAACCCCAAGCUAUUGGAUGUCUUCGUGGAUGUCGGGCACGGCACUGGUCAUUCUUUGCGUGGGUUUAAUUGGAGGAGCGGUCUUCGCAAUCUUCUGGACCAUACGCAAGAAACAGAGUGUAAAGGCUUCCUACCCGGGACCAUCCGUAACAACAAUCAUACCGGACAAACAGCACACUCUGUGGCUACACGGUAACACCCUUGUGAAGCCAUCACACUCGCUGGACCCUCCAAGCACUUCGGAGUACGCUGAACUGACUAACAACACGCAAGGCAUGAAAAGUAACAAUUGCAUUCCACCGGAACCGUACGCAACGGUGACCCUGCAGCGGGGUGGAACCGUUUCGGAAGAACCUUGCAUGAAAUGUGCCAACAGUCCGGUAUCUAGCGAAUACAACGCCCCGAUGAGGGAACCAAUCAACAUAUCAGAUGUACUGCCACCUCCACCAGACCAUCCGUACGGCACAUAUCGUCCUCCCACUAGCAUGACCAUUCGGACCAAUCCGGCUGCGCUAUCGCCGCAGAUGAUGCGCAAGAAUCAUGGCCCACCUCCAAUGCAGAACCGGUGGGAUACGAUGCCGCCACCUAUUCCAAGUUUUCCGCAAAACUGGAUUCGUCCACAUCACAUGAACCCGGCUAUGACGAUGAACAAUGCUGAGAUGUACUCGGAGAACGACUACGAAAGCGGAUCCGUACUGUACGAACAGUGCUACCGACCGGAUCAGAUGCCGCCGGUGGUACCACCGCCCAGUAAUAGCAGUCAUUUUUUCAGCCACGCCGGAGAGCCAACGGAAGAAUUCUAUCGCCACAUGAACAUGGAAUUCGCCCAAGAUAUUGGCUUCGAACCGGCCAGUCCACCGGCACCCUGUCCGGAAACUCCGUUCAAUAGUAAAUAUCUAACUGGUGGUGCAUCGGAUAGCCCCGUCAUAUCGCGCAAGGUAGGUGUCAACACGAAUCCCAGGGGACACCUGCAGAACAGUGUUUCCAACAAUAGCAACAAUUAUAACAGCAGCCAACACAGUGCUGGCCAGAGUUCCGAGAGUGAAAGUGACAACCGGUGGGCCCCGGCUCGGACGAAACGUAGUAGAAGUAGGUCGAAAAGUAGCGAUAGGAAGUAUAAUCGGACUCUUAUUCGAUAAAAGUCGUAACGACUCUAUGCCAUAACGAAACGUACCGCUAAACUCUCUAUUAUACAUAUUAACAGUAAGGCAAACAAAAUUUCAUCUUUCUCUAAGUAAGUAACCAAACAAGUAGCCGAUCGAAAGCAAAGCAAAGAAAAAAACCAACCCUAUCUUUCUUAGUAGCAUCAAUACCUUAUAUCUUUAACAAAACAAAUGCGAAUAACAAAAGUAAAGGAAUCCCUAUUAGAGCUAUGAAAUAUCUUUCACUCACUCUUUAACUGCUCGAUCUGUCUCCCUUCUCCUUGUCGCGCGCUCUCUAUCUCUCUAGUGUGUAUUUUGGGGGAGAACAGAAGGCUGCGGGAACGGGCAGGUAACCGCUAGGACUUUAUUUUCAAGCAAGUAAAAUUUGCAGAGUGGAAACAUUUGAAGUGGAAGUCGGGGAACCAAAAACAAAAAUGACACUCGUCAGAAAACCGCUGUAAAUAUGAUAAGCUUAAGGAGGCUCAAAAUAGUAAGUUAAGCAAUUAUAUAGUUAUAACCAGAUUUUUUUUCACAAACGCGUUGUGCAAUGAAUGUUGAUGUCCACAAGGUGAGGGUCUUGCUCAAACAUUGAUUGGCUAAACUCUUUAUCACUAGAACUUACGUCUCAAUCGUUACUAGCUAAAGUACAGCUCGAUUGUCAAAUAUUUUAGAGUAUACAAAUUCUACAAAAUGUGAUGUUUGGUUAAAUUAACCAACUUUUUAAAGUUGAGUUUUAAACAAAACUGUUGGUCUUUUUUUUUUUUUUUUUUUACAAUGGAGAAGACCUUUAUGUCCUAGCCCAGUACACGUGCUAACGGUAGGGUCCAAUCUACCACACGGGGUGCACUGGGGGCGUGUCGGACUCGAAUGGUGACCAGCCAUUAAUACCGACUAAACUCCAUUGGGCUCCGCCAUCAUUCCUCCCAGGAACUACCUCUCGGUAUUACUUCUGGGGGGAUGGCUGUACUAAAUGUACUCAUUCACUCUUACUCACGCGAUCAUACAUCCUGUAUGAGGCUUACUUGGGUGCUCUCUCAAUCACACUUUGAUUCACUCUCAAACACUCCCACAUGAGGCUGACUUUUGUGCUCACCUUUUACGUUCCAUGCGAGGCUGACUUGUGUGCUCACCUUACUCAUUCCUUGCUAGGCUUACUUUUGUGCUCGCCCUACCCAUACAUGUGAGGCUGACUUGGGUGCUCACCCUAUCACCUGAUUCACUCUCAAUCGUGCCACUCUAUUGUACCUUUGUCACUCCCUCUGGCAUCCCAUGUGGGACAUUUUUCUUAGGCCCCCCUUCUGACAUACCAUGCGAGGCUGACUUUUGUGCUCACCUUUUUCAUUCCUUGCUUGCUACCAACCUGUGAGGCUGACUUUUAUGCUCACCCUUAACAUGCAGUGUGAGACUGACUUGGAUG